AUGGGUUCACCAUACGACGAGUUUGCGAGUCACUUUAAGUGUUGUCUAGGUGGCUUUAUAGAAGAGAUCAAUAAAACACUUGAACAGUCUCGUCAGCGUGACGACACUAGUUAUGCUAACAGGUGCAGUGUGUACGAGGCCUUGGAUAGGAAAUAUCCGUCACUACUGUUGCAGGAGCCACCGGGUGAGUCCUCUCCGCGCGUUCCUGCACCGUGUAGCAGUACCAGCACUAGGCGUGCAGCCAAACUUCGUGCGGGUGUGGUACCACGCAGAAAAGCCCCGCAAUGUUACUGUUCAGAGGAGGCGGAAACGGGAGGGCCGUACUUAGGGAGUCGGUAUAGUUCACCGGUGAGCCAAAACCGACGUGAAUUCGCCAACACUGAAAUGCUGAUGAAUACCCCCGAGAGGGUCUACAUUGCAAAAUCCCCGUGCAACAAAUUUUCUUCCCCCUCGCUUCGUCACUUCAACGGUAGAAGUUGCCUUUCGACCCCUCCCCGAGUCACCUCACCCGGCGUCACCACCUUAAUGGCCAGUGGGCCAACCCUUCGGCGUUACACCCGAUCAGGGGAGCGUUCAAAAGUUACCAUUAGCAUACCUGAGAUAUCUUUGUCGCCAAUGAGUAGCCCUGAUGAAGUGGAGGGCUCCACUCGCCGUACAAAGAGGUGCCCUAUUCCCGCUCCUCCGAUUGAGCUUCCUUCAUCGUGUGAAAGCCACAAUCUCACAUGCGGCAGCUCGACUAGCUUAUCACUACCGUUUGUCACGCAGGCGGUGAUAAUGGCUGAGAAGCAUGGACUGAUCGUGAGCAUUAUUCAACCGGAGGGCCAACCCCCCCAGUUGAAGAUGCUUUACCUUUUGUCAGAUCAGUGGGAGUUGGUUCCCUUAACAACCGGGGCGAAAGAGGCGUCGAUUGCAUCAAAAUCUGCAGAUGCUGUAGUUACAUCUCCGGUUGAAACUUGGGCGCGGAAUUCGAAAUCACAGCGGCCAUGUCAGAAAGAUACAGAACAGGAGUGGACCGAGGGGCGUGGGUAUUUGCCAAGAGCUAAAACGCGACAAGGCCCGGUGAUUCACCGCAUUUUGAUGUCCCAGGUAGUUUUGUUGUGUCCUUAUGGUGUGAUAGGCCCCAAUACCUCGCUGAACGUUGGCUGUGUAGUGUGCGGUUCUGCAGCGCGGCGGUUACUAAUUAGUCAUUCGUGUUCGGCGUUCGUUGAGGGAAUGAGCCGCCCAUAUCGCGUAUUUCUAAUAAAUUCCCCUAAUCAUGUUAAUGUUGGCGGCUGUGGUAUAGAUCCAGAAUGUGCAGAGACUCUGAAGGCAGGUAGGCUUGUGGUGUUGGAGUUUGCGAGCCGAGUAGACUGGGUCAUAUUCGUGUUAGUCUCGGCACACUUCCGAGAGCAACAGGUUAACUGUGCCGUUACGCUCUCCUAUGGACGCGUACUUUGGAUGCUGGCAGCCCAUCUUUGGCACAGGCGAAAACUUUAUGAACCAACGCGUGUGUCGACGUCAGGGCGAGUGAUGGAAUCGCCUCCCAUGGCCGCCAUGAUAGCGUCUCACACGCCACUGACACUUUCGCCCGUGCGCCCACGAACCGAGUUACCUCCAAGGCAUUUUACCGUCGAUGACAGUGUCUGGAAGUGUCGCGGCGCAUUUGCCGCGCCUACCCGAUUUGUGGUGCCUCCCGCGGAGCCCCUCACAAAGUACAGCGGCAGUGAUGAAUCCACCUCCAUACCGAGUCCAAGGGGACGCAGGUUUGGUCUAUAUCGGUUAGACAAGAGAUGUGAUGAACCGGAUAGAUCACCCAUAAGGCAACACACUUAG